ACAGACGCUCAAGCACCAGAGACCAGGACAGAGAGAGAUACAGAGACAGACGCUCAAGCACCAGAGACCAGGACAGAGAGAGAGACUGGGGCAGAUCUGAGAGAGACAGACACUCUAGUACCAGAGAGCUGGAUAGAUAUAGAUGGUGGGAGACAGAAAGGAAAAUACGCUCUAGUACUAGAGACGGGGACAGAGAGUGGGACAGGAGCAGAUCUGAGAGAGACAGACUAUCUAGUACCAGAGACAGAUCAGAGAAAGAUGGUGAUGGAGACAGAUCUGAGAGAGACAAGGACAGAGAGAGAUGGUGGGAGCGAGACAAAGAGUGGGAUGGGGACAAGGAAAGCUUCCGGGGGCUUUACCCAUACUCCAACGAUCCUACACACCCUCGUGCAUCUUUGAUGGCAACCGACCCAGUGCAGUACUCUCAGUACAUGGCAUACCACGGCAGCCCCUACGCCGGCGCCUUCCCUCCAGGGUGUAGCUUUCCCCCUGGUAUCGUGUUCCCUAGUACCAUGCCCCCGAGUACCGUGCUCCCUGGUACAGUGCCCCUCCCUAACCCCCUUGGGUAUCCACUGUACCCCAACUGCCCACCUUCUUACUAUAGUGACCCUUCAGAAAGAUUUUUCCAGCCAUACACACAGGCCACUGGAAACCCUCCGUUCACAAACAUGGAUGUACAAGUGCAGGACCCAGACGCAUCCCUGAGCAUCCCUGAACAGGAAAUAGAGACUGUGUGGCCCAGACUUGUCCAUCCCAGCAUAAACCAAGACUCAAAGCCGGCCAGACUAAACCGUUUGAGUAUAAAAGUGCAACUGAAGAGGGAACGCUAUCGGAUUAACUUGAUUAAUCGCAAAAAUAUACAAGAAUUGAGGCAGCUUAAAGAAACUCGUCUGGUGGCUGCCAAGGAGCCCGGUAUAAAGAAAGUGCCAGAAGGAGAUGCAGUCAUAGAAGGGGAGAAACUGCAUUUUGUGGUCCCUCCGGUGGCUACAACGUAUUCUGGGGCACCCUGUAGAACAGGAUUCCCAAAUAGAAAAGGGAGAAAGGGGAAAACACUGGAAGAAAAAGGAGGUUUAUUCAACCAAGGUUUAUCCAUGAGAAACAGAGCCUAUAUGACAAGGUGGAAACUGCGUUUGGCGGAAGCGGUUGCAAAAGGCCUUGAGGUCCCCUCUGAACCAGAGCCCAAGACGGCGCCAGAAGCGAAGGACAAAUCAUUGACAGAAUGGCAGAGGCUGUUUGCAGACUCUGUGGCGAAUGUGGCUGCAACGGACCUAUCUGCCCUCUCUGAACCCGAGGCUGAGAAAAAGCCAGACUGGGAGACCGAGCAGAAAAGGACAGACGAAGAGAUGAAGGUGAAAUUAAAGAAAAAGCUUGGCGAGUUCAACCUGAAGAUGAAGCAGAAAUCGACACAUUUAAAAGAAGUCCCAUCAGAAGCCCCAUCAGAAGCCCCAACAUAACCUGAAAGGGCGGCUGUUGUGGUGCGUCAUGAGCUCACCUCCCCUUCGAACCUGCUGCUGACCCAUCCAGACCCUGUGGACAUCCGUUGGCUAACACUCUCUUUAUCUAAUAUACACUCACUGGCCAGUUUAUUAGGUACAUAACGGGUCGGAUCCUCCUUUUCCUCCAGAACGGCCUGAAUUGUUCGGGGCAUUCUACAAGUUGUCUGAAACGUUCCACGUGGAUGCUGGUGCGAUUGCAUCACGCAGUUGCUGCAGAUUGGACGGCAAUACAUUCAUGCUGCAAACAGCCCAUUCCAUCUCAUCCCAAAGAUGCUGUACUUGGUUGAGGUCUGAGGACUGCACAGGCCACUCAAGUAAACUGAACUUGCUGUCAUGCUCCUCGAUUGUCCAGUGUUGAUGAUCACAUGCCCACUGGAGCUGCUGCUUCUUGUUUUUAGCUGUGGAACCCGGUGUGGUCGUCUGCUGCAAUAGCCCAUCCGUGACAAGGAUCGACAAGUUGUGCAUUCUGAGAUGCUGUUCGGCACACCGCCAUUUUUUCUGUUUGUGGCCCGUCUGUUAGCUUACACGACUCUUGCCAUUCUCUUUGACCUCUCAUCAACGAGUUGUUUUCGCCAACAGGACUGCUGCAGAAUGGAGUUUUUUUGUUUGUUUGUUGCAUCAUGCGCAGGGUAGCCUAGUGGUUAGAGCGUUGGACUAGUAACCGGAAGGUUGCAAGUUCAAACCCCCGAGCUGACAAGGUACAAAUCUGUCGUUCUGCCCCUGAACAGGCAGUUAACCCACUAGGCCGUCAUUGAAAAUAAGAAUUUGUUCUUAAACUGACUUGCCUAGUUAAAUAAAGGUAAAAUAAAUUCUCGGUUAACACUAGACACUGUUGUGCCUGUAAAGCCCAGGAAGGUGCCCGUUUCUGAGAUACAGGCGUGUCUGGCACCGACGAUCAUAACAUGCUUAAAGUCGCUUAGGUCAGUUAUUUUGUACAUUCUAACGUUCAAUGGAACAGUAACUGAAUGCCUCCCUGUCUCCCUGCUUUAUAUAGCAAGUCACGGCCACGUGACUCACUGUCUGUAAGAGCGAUCCAUUUGGGGUGGGGUACCAAAUUAACUGGCCGAUGAGUGAGUUGUUUUUGGGAGUAUCUGUUCUUUAUUUGACUAUUUUUAUUUUUGACUACUUUUACUUUUACUUUGCUACAUUCGUAAAGAAAAUAAUGUACUUUUUACUCAAUACAAUUUCCCUGACACCAAAAAGUACUCA